UAAGCCGCCAAAAACACUCCAUACGACCAGUCCAAUCUCUCAUUUUUGUUGUGAUUGUGAUUCUUACUGGACGUUUACAUAGUGAGUGUUUAUGUAAACAUCAAAUUCGGAGUAGAUAAAUAAAUAUAUCACUCGUGAUAAACAUGGUAGAGAUGAUAUCAAUUGAGGAAGAGUGUAAAAAGACGGGAAUCAAGCUCUCGGACAUCGCCGAUCUACGACAGUGGCUGAAGACACAGCCUCAUCUACCUGAAAAAUAUAUUACAGAUUAUGACUUGCUUCUGGCAUACUAUUGCAGUUUCAAAAGCUCGGCAGUGGCAAAACAAGUUUUAGACAUAAAUUUCACUCUUCGUACGCUAUUCACCAAUAUAUUCCAUAACCGAAUUGUCGAUGAAACUGUUAUCAAGACUUUGGAUGUUGUAUGUGCAUUCCCGCUAGAAGUUCCAUCGAUUGGCAAGAAUUAUAGAGUCAUUUACAACGCACUCAUGGACCAUGAUACGAAAAACUUUGUUUUUACCGACGUUAUACGAACAGCUCUAAUGCUCAUGGAUGUGACGCAGUAUAGAGACGGCACUGCCCCAGGAUAUUUGAUACUGAUCGAUCUGAACGGCGUCACAUUGGGACACAUCACCAAGCUUGAUUUGCAAACUGUGCAACAGUUGAUAUAUUUUUUGCAGGAAGCAAUAUUAAUAAGAUUAAUGGGUGUACACUUUUUGAACGCACCACCGUUCGUAGACAGGCUGAUGAUGAUCUUGAAGUCCUUUAUAAAAAAGGAGUUGAUGAACAUGGUCUGCGUCCAUAGCGCCGGAGCGAGUUCUAUUGAAAAAAUCAUUCCUAUUGAAGCUUUGCCGAAGGAAGCUGGGGGAAAAUUUAAGUCCUAUAAGGAAGCUAAAAAUGAAUCCAUUGACCUAUUACUAUCCAAUAAGGAGUUCUUCGUCAAUGAAAACAAGAAACGUGUAGUAGAGUCAUUAAGACCGGGGAAACCUAAAACCAUCACGGACAUUUUCGGCGGCAUAGAAGGCUCUUUCAAAAAAUUGGAUAUAGACUAAUUAAUAUUAAGAUGUAGAUAAUACCUAAAUGAUGUAAUAAUUUAAGUAUCAUAUAGUAGGGUAUGUACCUUACUAUGUACUUUGUUACCGAAAUUAGUCGAUUAGCUAAGACUCACAACACAAGGCAGCGUCGCGAUUCCUUUGUGCGACAAUGCGAUCGGUAUAGACAUUGGACACGCCACGACCCUCGGCCUCGAUCGAGGCAAAAAUACAUACGAUAAAAAUGCAUAAUAUGAUUCUAUAAAAGUCUGCAGUCUGCAGUAGCUACACCAAGUGCCAUCGAGUGCCGCACAAAGAAAAGCCUCGCGAAUUUGCCACACUGCCAAAUAAAAUAUUAAAUUAAAUAAUAAUUACCUAUGUUAGAACACUUUUUUUUUCUUUAUUUAAUUUGUGGUUUUAGGGUUCCGUACUCAAGGGAUAAAAUUGGAGCUCUAUUAAUGCCACUCUUCCCUCUAUCUGUCCGUCUGUCUGUCAGUCGGUCUGCCUAUCCGUCUGCCUGUCGCGUGCCACAGUUCUCUAGCUUGUAGAUUAAAUAACUUACAAACCUGCAAUUUUGGUAUUUAGUAUAAAACGUUGACCCAAAA